AUGCCGCCGCUCAGUUGCAUUGCAGCCUUUCGAACAGAGAGCGAGAGAAAGAGAUCUCACGGUGGAGGGAAGAGUGGAGGCGCCGCCGUGCAUCGGGAAGCUACUGUCGCAGUUGCGCGCUCCGUCACCGCUGCUGCUGGGAGCUGCGCCGCCGUAACCGAGCUUCUGUCGCCGGAAAACUUCGCCUCUUCAUUGCCGGAGUCCGAUUGCCGCUGCCGCUUGAGGUGGCUGCCGGGCUGCCGCCGAACCGGUUCAGAGACCGCUGUUAUUUCGGUUCAGCCGCUCUUUCUUCGGUUCGAGUUGUUGAGACUGUUUCGAAAGUGGCUUGGAACCGAGGUUUUGGUUGCCGGGAUUUUGACUGUUGAUUUCGGGUCGAGGCGGAAAGAACUUAUGAGGUGUUUGGGUUAUGGAAUUUGCUCGCCGUCGAAGGGAAGAGAGAGAGAGUGUGUGCCAUCGCGAAUCAGAGCUAAGCCAAGAAGAGAGAUAGUGCGAGAAGGAGCCCAUCGCCGCCCAACCCGCGUCCAGCUCACCGCGGUCGUCGCAGCACCGUUGUCGUGCGCCGCCGUCGAGCUCGUAACCGUAUCGCCGUCGCCAACAAGCCAUGCCGCCGCUCAGUUGCAUCGCAGCCUUUCGAACAGAGAGCGAGAGAAAGAGAUCUCACGGUGGAGGGAAGUGGGGAGGCGUCACCGUGCAUCGCGAAGCUACUGUCGCAGUCGCGCGCUCCGUCACCUCUGCUGCUGGGAGCUGCACCGCCGUAACAGAGCUUCUGUCGCCGGAAAACUUCGCCGUAGUCACCAGAAAACUCUGCCGUCUUCAUUGCCGGAGUCCGAUUGCCACUACCGUUUGAGGUGGCUGCCGGGCUGCCGCCGAACCGGUUCAGAGACCGCCGCUAUUUCGGUUCAGCCGCUCUUUCUUCAGUUCGAGUUGUUGAGACUGUUCCGAAAGUGGCUUGGAACCGAGGUUUUGGUUGCCGGGAUUUUGACUGUUGAUUUCGGGUCGAGGCGGAAAGAACUUAUGAGGCGUUUGGGUUAUGGAAUUUGCGUUUUGAGGAUGACGGCGACAACGACUGUGAACGGCAAUCAGAAUCACUUACAACGAGGAGGACAGAGAAGCAGUGAUGACUUAGAACAACUCCAAUGGGUGGAUCUUGAGGCCCUAUUUUCUGACAAAAGCAGAAAAGCACCAUUGGAGGGAAGAAGGGUUGAGUUCCUGCACGGGUCUCAAGGAACUGAGAUGAGUUUCUUACUGGAGAUGGUCUUAGGAGAAUUGAGAUUUGAGAGAGUUCAAAGAUUGCAGCCUCACCAGAGAGAUAUCGAGAGUCGAGAUUGAGCCAGAGCGAGAUCAAGAAAAGAGCAAGAGCAGAUCGAACAAAAGCCAGCAAACGCACGAAGGAAUAAGUGAUUAGAUUGAACAGUAAGCGAGAUUUGGAUAUGAGCAGAAAUUUUGAUUUUGUGAACAGUGAGUUUUGUUUGUUUCUGUAAAUGUGAAUAAGUAAUUAGAAAAAGGUAACACUUUUUA